AUGUAUCCAUUAGAUGUCGUGAAGACUCGUAUCCAAUUACAAGUUGGUUCAGGUGCAACUGCUGAAUAUACAGGUGUUAUUGAUUGUUUAACCAAAAUUGUUAAAAAAGAAGGUCCUUCAAGAUUAUAUAAAGGUAUUAGUGCUCCAAUUUUAAUGGAAGCUCCAAAGAGAGCUACAAAAUUUGCUGCAAAUGAUGAAUUUUCAAAAUUUUAUAAAAAAUUCUUUGGUGUACAACAAUUAAAUCAACCUUUAUCAAUCUUAAGUGGUGCUAGUGCUGGUGCCGUGGAAUCAUUUGUUGUUGUUCCUUUUGAAUUGAUUAAAAUUAGAGUCCAAGAUGUUUCAUCAAAAUAUAAUUCUGCUGCAGAUGCUUUUUUCAAAACCAUUAAACAUGAAGGUCCAUUAGCUUUGUAUAAUGGUCUUGAAGCUACAUUAUGGAGACAUAUUGUCUGGAAUGCAGGUUAUUUCGGUAUCAUUCAUCAAAUUAGAACUUUAUUACCUGAAGCUAAAUCUUCAACUCAAAAAACUAUAAAUGAUUUAGCCGCUGGUGCUAUUGGUGGUACAUUUGGUACAAUUUUCAAUACUCCAUUUGAUGUUGUUAAAUCUCGUAUCCAAAACACUGUUAAUGUUCCAGGUGUUGUUAGAAAAUAUAACUGGACUUUACCAAGUUUAGCUUUGAUUUACAAAGAAGAAGGUUUCAGUGCAUUAUAUAAAGGUUUCUUACCAAAAGUUUUGAGAUUAGGUCCAGGUGGUGGUAUUUUAUUAGUUGUUUUCACUGCAACUAUGGAUUUCUUUAGAUCCAUCCAUUAUAAAGAUUAG